CCGGAAAUGCCCCGGCCGCACGGGAGGAAAACGGAGGAAAACCGCGCGAGUGCGCGAGUAGAAAAACCAAAUCCCCUGAGCUAGCCCAGGCGCUGCCCCGGCCGGCCCCCACCAGAGCAAGCCACCACGCCCUCUCGUCCCCUCCUCUCCCCCGCUCCCCUCGCGCGGCGCGGAAGGCCAAGGGCAAGAAGAGGGGAAGGAGAAGGAAGGAGGCUUCGAGAUUUUUGCGGAACCCCCACGCCACCACCCUCCUACUCUUAGCCUCCCCCGUAGGGUUUCCGCCGCACCCACUCCAAUCCCAGCACCCGCGUUCCCCCCACCGCCGCAUUCGGAGCCAUGCAUCUGCCGCGGCCGAGUCGCCAAUCGCCACCACCCGCUUGAGAAGCCACGUACCGGUUUGGCGAUUUCGGUUUCCUACUGUUGCUGAUUGUGUUGGGGAUCUGAGGGGAUUCUUGUUGGUGCGAUUGUUUCUGGCGAUCUGGGCGUGAUUAUCCAGGUUGUGUGGUGUUGGUGAUGGCGGGGGUUUAGAUUUGGGGGUGGAUUGGGAGAAGGGGGUAUUUGGAUUAUUUUUGGGGUCCCUGGUUUCUCUGCUACUGGAUUGGAUUGGUAUCCAUGAUCGAGAUUGCUCGGUGAAAUUUUUGGUCCUAGGGAUUGUUUUGUGAUCGGCCCGGACCGAGAAUAGAGGGUUCUCUUGAGGAGAUCUGGGGCCGUGUGUUCUAUCGUUCUCUGUAGAUAAAACCAAAAAAAAGAAAAAAAAAAUAGAAGGUAGUGGAAGGGAGCUUGGAGGCUAUGGCGCUGAAUUGCUCUUCACGCUCGUUACUGCUGAACGAUGACUGUGCCGGCAUGAUGCUUGGGUGUGGGUGCCGGUCGGAGGAGGCCUCCCCGCUGUCAUCCUGCGGGGUGAAUUCGCUGUGGUGGGAUGACUUGGAGCUGGAGCUGGAGGGGGAUGAGCAGGAGUCUGACCCUGUGGACCUCUUACCGACGGACCCCUUCGGUAUGAACCUGGAGACCACGUUCACCGCAGCGAUCGCCAGUUGCAUCGGAGAUCUCACUGUCAUGUCCGAUGCUGGGCAUUUUGGUAGUGGCGGCGAUGAUGCUUUCUUCGCCGACCUGAGGUAUCACUUGAACCAGGCUUUCGUGAUUGCUCCGGAGCCAUGGAUUGGUGGCUAUAUGGGUGUUUUUGACAGCCCCUUUGGCUCUGGAGGUCUCUCUGGUGGUGGAGGCACGGACCAGUUUUCAGAGUUGCCUCCUAAUGUGUCCUGCUCAGAGCAUACUGGGUUCGUGGAGGACUCAUCUAGCUCCGGCAACGCCACUUUGCCGUGCUGUGAUACAGUUGACGCUCCUCCUGUCCAAGAGGGAAAUGAUGCACAUGAGGGAAUGAUGUUUGCUCUUGGCUAUCUUGGCUUACGUGACAUCCUCUCUGUUGAGAUGGUGUGCAAGUCAUUGCAUUCAGCUGUUCGGAAUGAACCCUUUUUGUGGAAAUGCAUCCAUAUUGACUCGCACUUGGGUGAGAAGAUAUCUGAUGUUGAUCUUCUACGCCUGACACAAAAGUGGCCGGGUUCUUUGCAGUGCCUAAGCCUUGUGCGCUGCAAAAAUAUCACAGAUCAGGGGCUGAAAGCCGUUUUAGAAAAUAAUCUACAGUUAACAAAGUUGGGCAUUUUUGGCAGUGUGCGGAUAACUCACCAAGGUCUUCUUGACAAUCUGAAGUCAUUUAAUAUGAAAGCAGUUGUUGGUAUUAAGAAACUCAGAGUUGCAAAUCUCUUCACUGCAUCAAAAGCACAAUACGAAGAGUUACUGUCCUUGUUGAAAAUGGACGAGGGACAGGCGUUGCACAAACAGGAGCCACGGAUCUUGCAUGCUGAUUGUUUUUUACCAGAUCUUCAUGGUGGAUAUAUUCCUGAUUGUUUCUUACCAGAUCUUCAUGAUGGAUAUGGUCUUGAUAUCGAGAGGUGCCCACGAUGUCCAAACUACAAACUUGUUUAUGAUUGCCCAGCAGAGGAAUGCAAUAUCGGCAGAUCUGGUACUUGCAGAGGGUGUCUUGUUUGCAUCCGGAGAUGUUUGCGGUGUGGGAGAUGUAUAAACAGUGAGUAUGACGAGACAUUUACUCUGGAUGACAUUUGCCGUAUCUGUCAGAAGGAUGAAGGUUCACCUCCUGCAGAAAAAUAGGAGUUCAAUUCUCUGUUGAUCCAUGGGAUGGAUAAUCUUAACAUAGCAUUUCUUCUAUUAAUGCUCCCAUCCAUGCGGGGCCAUCUUAACAGAGUGUUUCUAAUGAGGAAAAGAACAAAAAGAAAGGUACAGUUUGCUAUCAAUGUAGGUGCAACAGCCGUGGUGAUGUAUUGUGUUUGCGCAACAAAAAGAAAAAAAAGACAAUGUAACCGAAAAAAAGAAGGAUGGAUGGUUUUGCUAUUAAGGUGUCAGCAGUGAGUAGUGACACUGAGGUGGGUGGUGCUGUACUUCUCACUGAUAAUAUUUUGGCCCCUUUUGGAACGCAGUAAGUUUAAACUAGUUGAGCCUCUGCAUGAAACUAGAAAACUGCUUUCCAAACCUGGCCUCAGUGUUUUGUGAGAUUUCGUCUCAUUAUGUUCAGUUUUCUUGUUUUAGGGAUGUUUCUCUCAGGAGUGUGAAGUUCAGGAGUGAAAGUAUAGCGUGAAAACUUGGGCCAGCGGGUUGCUUUGAUGCUGCAUGUUCUUGGAACGUCAGAUAUAAAUCUGCAUUGUUGGCCUCCAGAAAGAAGAGUUGUAUUAUUUACCUAUGUACGUUACGUGACAAAUGUAAUAGUUACUGUCCGAGUUCCAGAAACAUUGUGGCAUCUGACUUUUGCCAGUUACAUUCCAAGAAAUAAAAACACACUAUUAACUUAA